UGCUAGUCUACUUCAACAGGUUAUGUCAACUGUGUGAUGUGUCAGAAAACAAAAUUGUCAACAACGUAUUUGUAUAAUUCAAACGUUUGAUUCUAUUUUAAAGGUUUUAGGACAGUCAAGAAUAUAACAGUUUUGAAUAGAUAAAAGUGUAUUCAGCAAACGAAUUAUAUUAUUAAUUUUUAAGAAUGCCAGUAUUAGAAUCUUGUUGGUCGCCAUGUAUUUGGUCUUCAACUGUGAAGAGCGGGACAAGAGCGGUUGCUGUUUACACCGCGGCAAUGAGUAUAAUUCUCAUAAUAUUUAUUGCAUAUCAAAUGGAUGGUGGUGAUUCUACACAGCUAUGGAAUCCUCUAUUUGAGGCUGAUGUGCGAGGGUCCCUACAAGUAUUUGGAACCAUUUUCAUCAUAAUAUUGGUUGUGUUUAUUGUGUCUUCGAUAUUAAUGGUAGUUGGCGUUAACAUAUGGAUGCGAGGGUUAAUGCUACCAUGGAUGAUUACAAUGGGCUUAAUCAUAGUCUUCCAGUUAUUAUUUGGCUUGUGGCUCAUCGGAGGAUACUAUAUUUAUCUUGAUGCUACUUUUGCUGCAUUUCUUGACUUCUUAUGGAUGGCAUACAAUAUUUAUUGCUGGUUAUGCGUGUUAUCGCAGUAUCAAAUAAUAUUGGACAUGCAGUCACCGAACAUAGAAAUUUUAGUUGAAUACUAAUAGUGUUAUUUAAUCGAGUGAACUGCAAAACAUCAAAGGUUGUACCAAGUCUCCAAAUGUAUGUAAGCAUUGUUUUUAAAUAUGCAGGUCACAAAAUAAUAACUAGACAGCAAAUAACAUUAAACUAAAAAUUUUUUACUUAAGCAUUUGUUUGUUAAAAUUCAUUUAAAACUAUGAACUUAUUCAAUGUUUAUUUUAUUAAAAUCUCUUGAUGCUUGUAAUGAUUAUUAAGUAAACAAUGAUAUAUAGAGGUGUAAAAAAAUAUUAUGACCAAUCAAAUUUAAUUAAUGAUAGUGUAGUAGCUUAUGUUAGAAUUAAUGUGUUCGACUUUAACAAAGAUCCUUAAAUAUUAGUAGUAUAUUAGUUAUAAUAACAUUAUAUAUGAUUGUUAUUAAAUGGCAACACUAAUACAUCAAAUAAAAUUUGGAUAAACGUAAUUCAUGAUUUGCAAUUUUUGGUGCAAAGAACAUUCCAGUGAAUAUAACAUUACAACAUACCUUUAAUAUAAAUAUGAUAGCUGAACUAAUUGAUAAAUAAAAAACCUUAGUUGAAUACAAAUGCAAUUUAGUUGUAUUCUAUCUGUAUUUUCUAUUUCUGAGAUUUCAUUGCGUACGAUGUGUCUCAAACAAUGGUAGCAAGAGUCGAUUAGAGGUAAAUUUUACACAAGGCCCAGACAAUGUUUAUGGUAUUGGAACACCAAUCCUGCAAGAAAAUUCCAAAGGAAGGCAAAGCAACUCAAAGUUAAAUUAAACUAAACAUACUUGAAGUUUCACUUAACAGAUGUUGAUCUAUCAAAAUUAAAAUAUACUUUAUUCAAGGAGGCUCUAGCGAGCACAUUUGUUUAUCAUUUUACAAAAUUAAGCUACCAUAACAGCCUGUAAAUGUCCCACUACUGGGCUAAGGCCUCCUCUCUCUUUUUGAGGAGAAGGUUUGGAGCUUAUUUCACCAUGCUGCUCCAAUGCGAGUUGAUGGAAUACACAUGUGGCAGAAUUUCAGUUAAAUUCGUCACAUGCAGCUACCAUUGACUUGGAAUGUAGAUUCUACCGAGUAGAAACUGAGACAAUUCUGACUGAAUCUCUUGCCGGAUGCAAGUGAUUCAGUAGUGUUGAGGGGUCGUGUGUUUUGGUUUGACAAAUUUUAUUUGAUGAUUAAUGACCAAGUUUACUGGACAUCUCACUGGAAAUAUUAAAUAUAAUUCAUGAUGUGUUUGACCUUUUAGUAUUAAAAAUAUUCAUGUAAAAGUAGCUAAAUUUUGACUGUUUAAUAUCGUUACAAAGAAAUAGAUUCAUUUUAAUGUAUACUAAAGAUAAGAUAAAAGACAGUAAUAUUAUAAAAAGUAUGCUUUGAAUCUGAUGAUUUAUUGUAUAGUAAUAAAUCUGACUGAAUGCUUUUCUUGUCUUAGUUGGUCAUGACCUGUGAACCAAAUAAUCUACGUUACAAAAUAAAAUAAUCAGUUGAUUGUUAAAGCGCAAUAUGGAUAUAAAAGUUUUUUUUUUUUAAUUAAGUCUAGCACAAAAUUACAAUAAUUAUUGUUGAGUUGAUUGAUUGAUUGGUUUUAUUAGAAAUAGUGUUCAAUAUAAUCGACAGCAUUAAUUAGUGUAAAAUACAUAUAUUUUAUUGUAAGUAAUCAAUGAAAUCAAUGUAUUUUUGUAAUAAAUUAUGUAAUCGUAAUUAUAUAUAUUAAAAUAUUGUCAAAGUAGAUUAAGUUUAAAGUGCCUGAUAGCAAUGUAUAUCCGAUUCCAAUAGCAUGAGUAAAAAUAAAUAAACGGCUUUGAUCCUGAAUUUACAUGACGUCAUUGCUCGAGAAAUAUAAUCUGUGGCGUUUAUGAGAUUUGUGAAAAAAGUAUUUAUGUCUAUUAUAAAUAAAGAUAUAUUAAUCAAGAAUCGUUCGUAAUAAUAUAAUAUUUUGACUUUGACUAUCAAAUCUCAUGGAAUAUUGAAAUCUAUGUUUUGUUUAUCUUUACUUGUACUGCCAUUGGAAUGUAGUAUAGAUGCGAUUGUUACGUUUUUUAAUAGUUAUGGCAUUUUACUAUUAGUUAUGUAUAAGUGCAAUUAUAUGAAAAACCUCCGUCCAUUUUUCUGACUUUAUUUUUUAAUUACAAUUAAAUUUGUCUAGCAUUUACUAUUAUAUAUUAUUGUUAAUGUAAUAGCUGGUUCACAUUGCUAUAUCUAUUGUAAUAUAUUUCCAUAUAUAACCAUACAAAUUUACUUGAUUUUGUCUUUAAAGGCUGAUGGUUAUUAUAUUGGAAAAUGGUUCGUUUUGCUCAUUAAGUGAUUCAGAUACUACUAUUGGCUUGUUAAAUACUUAGUAUGUCUUUGAAUAACGGUUAAUGUAUGAAUAAAACUGGUGUACUGGUGUUAGGGCUUAGUGCAAGCUCGUCUGGGGAGGUAUCACCCACUCAUCAGACAUUCUACCGCAAAACAGCAGAACUUGGUAUUGUUGUGUUCCGGUUUGAAGGGUGAGUGAGCAGUUACAGGCACAAGGGUUGGUGGCGCAUUGGCGAUGUAAGCGAUGGGUAACAUUUCUUACAAUGCCAAUGUCUAUGGGUGUUGGUGACCACUUAACAUCAGGUGGACCAUGUUCUCGUACGCCUACUAUACGAUACUUUAAAAAAAAACUUGUAAUGAAUAUAGUAUAGAGAUAUUAUCUGCCAUAAAUUUACCAAUACAAUUGAAAAUUGUCAAUGUCAAUAAGAUGAAUUAGGGUUUUAUCUGUAUGAACAGUUAUUAAUAUAUACUUGUAUUGCAACAAUCAAGCAGCGCAGACAGCAACAAAAGGGUUCGACUUGAUGCGAACCAGCUCUAAUAUAUAAGUAUUACUAUGUUAUAUAUAUAAAAUGUUCAUAUUGAAAUAUUGAAUGUUUGAAUCUCAAUUGUAUUAAAGUUUUCCUUAAUAAAUUAA